CUCUAUAUCAAUCCGUUUACCCGCCGCUGUCUGUUCAGCACCACUAUAUGACUGUGUGAAGAUAGUUAAAGCGCUCACACUCGGUCCUCGAGGCCACAAAAAUUUGGAUUUUUAAAACAAUUUCAGCAAAUCUCUUUUUAUUUGGACUGCAACUUGUAUCGGAGUGCUGUUUUUGUGAUAAUGACACGGAGUUACGCGUUUGACACGCCUGUGAGAGGGGCUGCAACAGUUUUUGUCUUUAAAUAACAUACCGUGUCACACUCUGCAUUUGACGCCAAGAACUCUUUGGAUUUACAGGCGAAUUAAAACCUCUUCAUUUAGCUACUCGAUUUUGACUGACUUUUACGUCGUUUGGCAAAAGGACCGUCUUUGUUUCUAAUCAAAAUACAACAUAUUCGCAUGUGCUGUUAAAUAUUUCAUCGUCUAGUUUCAUUCAUACUACUUUGAGCGACUUUUUAGUCCAUACUCACAGAAGUAAGGAAGUUUUAUGCGUGUUUGAAACAGAAACGGCCGUUAUGCUCGCUCUUCUCGUGCCACUGCUGCUCAUACACGCGUCUUGGAGUGGGAAAGUGGCUCGCGCGAGUGGCGCGAAAGGAAGCCGCUUCGUGUGCACGCCCGUGCCCGCCGGCACCGACAUCAGCUGCCCGGUGGAAGCCUCUAACAGGGUCCAAAGCACCAGCCCGCAAGAGGAGGAGUUGCGGAGCACCAUCAUUCAGCUGCGAGAGACCAUCCUCCAGCAAAAGAAGACUAUCGUCAGUCAGCAGGGCACUAUCAAAGAACUCAACUCUAAAAUCGCGCGCUGCGAGGCGGACGCCAGGUCGCGUGGCAGCGCGCGCAGGAAGGAGUUUGGUAAAAACACGAUGGGCGAUCUGCCACGAGACCCAGCGGAGACCGUCGAGCAACUGGGCAAGACCAUGCAGAGCCUGAAAGACCGACUGGAGAACCUCGAGCAGCAGCUGCGUACCAACACAUCCGGAGGACCGCUUCCCAGCGAUCUGAAAGACCUGCUGAGACAUCGCCUGGGUGACCUGGAGAGCCAACUGUUAACCAGAGUGGCUGAACUGGAGGAAGAAAAGAGCCAGUUGUACAACGAGACAGCCGCUCACCGGCAACGUACGGAGAACACCCUCAAUUCACUGCUGGAGAGGAUCACCGAGCUGGAGAAAAGUAACAGAGCAUUUAAAUCCCCAGAGGACUUUAAGGUGUCUCUGCCCUUGCGCACCAACUACCUGUAUGGCCGCAUAAAGAAGAGUCUGCCAGAGAUGUACGCCUUCACCGUGUGUAUGUGGCUCAAGUCCAGCGCCAGUCCCGGAAUCGGAACUCCCUUUUCUUACGGUGUCCCGGGACAGGCCAAUGAGAUCGUGCUGAUAGAGUGGGGAAACAACCCCAUCGAACUGCUUGUCAAUGAUAAGGUAGCUCAGCUGCCUCUCGCCGUGAGUGACGGCCGAUGGCAUCACAUCUGCAUCACCUGGACAACAAGAGAUGGCUUCUGGGAGGCAUAUCAGGAUGGAGAGCGACUAGGGACCGGAGAGAACUUGGCCCCGUGGCACCCAAUUAAACCUGGAGGAGUCAUUAUACUGGGCCAAGAACAGGACAUCGUAGGUGGGAGAUUCGAUGCCACACAGGCUUUCGUAGGAGAGUUAAGCCACUUUAACAUGUGGGACAGAGUCCUCCGUCCUAUAGACAUCUCUGCUAUGGCCAACUGCUCCGCCUACAUGCCUGGCAACGUGGUGCCAUGGGUCGAUGCCAACGUGGAGGUAUUUGGCGGUGCCACAAAAGCAGCGCUGGAGAUUUGUGAAGAUCGUCUGUUUGACUCCUAAAGACACGUCUAUAGAUCCGAAAGCAAGCGUAUUCGUUUAAGAGGUAACCCAGCUACCAAUAUCACUCUGGGAACCUACAGAAAGACAAAAGCAAUGAAAAGAACCACUGUGGACACCAUGGAUUAUUUCAUCCUUUAUUCCGCUUCCUUUUUAUUUUGAGAUGUUGCUAUCAGCCGGCACAGUAAAUAAAAUGAUUGUGAUUUAUUAAAAAUGUCAGUCAGCAGAAACAAGGUCAGAAUCAAGUAUUUGCAACUCUGCCGCUGGUGUGAAACUCUCUGGUUGUUAGUAGAUAUGCUAUUUUCUGUGUCGCGUCAUUCAAAAACUUCUCUCUACAAACACGUGGCUAUUUUUACGCUCUAGAGAUGGAUUUUUUUACCGUCUUAUUGCAGUCUAACAUUGAGCUUUUGUCAUGUCUUGUAUGGGUCAUGGGUCCUUGAAACCACUGAUAAUGACUUUUUUUCUCGCAUUUUCAGCACUACUCUAUAUCCUGAGCUUUAUGAAACACAUGAAUGUGCCAGUCUGUGACAUACACAGGGACAUUUGGACUCUGUGUGUGUGUGUCUGUGUUUGAUCAAAAGAUUAGUUCACGUUUUUAAAGUCUACUUUAAUACUGCUAUACAUUAGCAUCUACUGCCUCUAGCAGAUUCGCCAUCCAGAAUGUUAAACGCAAAGUUAUCAAGCACUGGCUAACAGCUCCCAGAAGCCCUCAGGAGCUGGAAAGAAGACAGGACAGAAAGAUCUAGCUGAAGGGAUUCACCUUAUGAAGCUUGAUGGAAACCAUGUUUGAUUUUAUUCAGAGUAUGAUUUGUUAAAAACAAGCGUAGGUACACAUUAACAGUGAGAAGUCAAUGAGGAAAGUGUGUUGUACUUUUUUAAAUAACGUUUUGUCAAGAUAAAUAUAUAAGUAUGUGUGUCAGGGUUUUUGUAAACCUUUUAGACCCUUGCACAAAGCACUAGGAAAAUUGACUAUUUUUUUAAGGAGAUGAGAAAGAAAUAUUGAUAGGCACUAAUGAGGUCGUUUUGUGCUCUCGUUUAGAGAAUGAUGACAGGAGGUUUGAUUUAUCUGAUCUCUGAAUCUGAUGCUGCAUGUGGGUGAAUCUGACUGGAACACGGCCGGGUCAUAUUUUGUCCCACAAUCAAAUGGAAGAAAUAGAAAACUGUAAUUUGCAUAACAAACACUGAAGCCUGUUUUUAGAACCAUGAAAUGUUUUGCAUUCUGAAAUUCUUUCCAUGAUAAUUACUCCCCUUAGCCAUUGUCAUUAAUACCACAAUUCAAAAUAAAUCUCAUUCUCUACUCUAAUGUGACAAAUGAUCAACUAUUUCAGUUGUAAAGUAUUUACUGUACAAAUCACAGCAGCAGUAAUUGUUGUAUUUUUUGUAGUCAAUCUUCAAUGAUUUAAAUGAGUAAUCAUUUUAUUACAAUAAUGACAAUCUAAUGGGGGGGGGGGGGUGAAAUGUGACCUGCAGAUGUUAAGGUGAGAUAUCCCCAUGUACUUUACUGAUUUAUUUUGUGCUUGAUCUAUUUAUAUGACUUGUUGACAUUGUAGGUUUGUGUUUAUUUAGAGCAGUGCAAUGUAUGGGACACUUUAUGUAAAUGUGGACAUUUCUGCGUUUUCACGUCUAGAUGCACCAGCAGGCCUGUCGCUCUCGCUGUGUCUUGCUGUGUUACAUGUUUUUGUUUCAAUGUUCAGCUUGCGCACAAAGGCCAGAUGAAAGUCUGUGAAGUGCAGCAUUCUCUUGCUGUAUGCCAAUAAUGCAUUAGUGUAAUCCAUGUUUUUACACGCGGGCUUCGAAAUGAGCACUGCUUCACUGAAAUGAUAUAAAACAGUCUUUAUUCUGCUUUUUUGAAUGUACUGCUGUUUUGUGUCAUAAUGUAAGUAGAGAAAAAAUAUUUUGUAAAUCCAGUUUUAGUAUGUUGCCUUCAAGUCACGUUGGACUGAUCAUAUUUGAGCACAUCAGAGGUUCUUUAAGCUCUGACUGGCAGAGGAGCCCAUGUGUGAAUUAUAGAGUCAUACAUAAAAUCAAUUACAUGCUUUGUGCAAUCUUUUGCUUUUUAAUUUGUUGUACUAGAACCUGAAAACAUUUGUUCUGUGUCUGGAAAUGAAACGACUGGACGAAAUAUGAAACACAAUCAUUUAAUUAUGACCAAAAUUGAAUGCACUUCACAUCAAAGUUAUGAUUUUGAAGAAUUUUCCAGGCAGACUGGAAGGCAACAGCAAGCAGCUUUCUUUAUUAUUAGUUUUGUUUCGGAAUGUAACUGAUGAUAUUUUGUCCUAAAGUGAAUGGCCUUUAGCACCAAUUGUGCUUUCUAGGUUUUAAAAAAAUGUUGAAGACUAUGACAACAAAUGACAAAAUGAGAAAAAUAAUAGGCACAAAAAAUAUGUUGAUUGUUACUCUUCAGCCAGAGCAACCUGGAUAUGUUGUUCAGCAUGGAGAAACUAUUGAAUGUCCAUUUUCGCCCAAUAAAUGAUUCUGAAAA